GCAAUUCGCUCGGACACAAUCAAUCGAUCAGUGAGCGGAAGAUGGCGGAGCAUCGAGAUCGAUCACCGAAACACUCGAUUGAAAGGAAAAGGUGAAGUCUGGGAAAGCUAUUCGUCCUCUUGAUAAGGAAAUGAAGGGUACUCCCACCUAAUGAACCUUCAAUCCACUCCAUCAGCCAUGGACUUUCCCUGGCAUAGUGCGAAAGUCCUUGGGCAACUAAACGAACAACGUCAGUUGGGUGUCCUUUGUGACUGCACGUUUGUGGUAGAUGGAAUAGACUUCAAGGCCCAUAAGGCAGUUCUGGCAGCAUGUAGUGCAUACUUUCGCACUCUCUUUUUGGACCAGAAUGAUGUUGUUCAUCUUGAUAUCAGCAAUGCCGCAGGUCUUGAGCAGGUCCUUGAGUUUAUGUAUACAGCAAAGCUCACUCUGAACUCUCAGAACUUGGAGGAUGUGCUUGCUGUUGCUACUUUCCUUCAAAUGCAGGAAAUUGUCAGUGCUUGUUGCGCUUUUCAGUCAGUGGCUGUCCCUUCAUCAUCCAAGCCUGUAAAGGGACCCGUAGAGGAACAACCAAGAUCUGUAAGGAAAACAGAGGAUGCAGCAUCCCAGGAGGAGCAGGAGAGGCAUGCCGUGGCUCAGGAUGUGGCACCUGAAGUGAAAGAAGCUCCUUCUCAAUCUGAAACAACAGAUUCAGAAACACAGGCGGUUGCAUGUAACACACCGGAGAAGCGAAGUUCAAAGACACCGAGAGCUGUGUGCAAAAUUAGUGGGCAGUCCAAGCUCAGCCACCACACCAGGCAAAAGAAAGCUGCCAAGACAGAAACGGAGGAAGAAAAUGCCACAAAUGAGAUUCCACAAUAUCAAGAUGACCCUUCUGAUGAAGACUACACUCCCAGCCACUCCCAGAGGGUAAAAGCUAAACGAUCUUAUCUUAGCACAAGGAGAAGCAAGUCGAAAUAUGCAACUGUUCACCCGUCCAUACAAGUUGAUAAUAGUAAGGAAAGUGUGCCGAAAGCUGAGAUCGUGGAGACCAUCGAAGAGGAAGAUGAUGGAGAGGAUGAAUUAGAAGCAGAGGAGGAAUUGGAGGAGGAAGGAGAAGAGAUGGAGACAGAAGAUGGAGAAACAACAGGUUCGGAGGGAAAGAACCUGAAGCCUGGAGCUGAGCGCAGUGAAUCCAAAGCCUAUAGCUCUGUCACUCACAAAUGUGGCGUAAGAGACUGUGGGAAGAAGUUUACGCACGCAGGCAACUUUAAACGUCACAUGCGCAUUCACACCGGUGAGAAGCCAUUUAGUUGCAGAGACUGCAACAAAGCCUUCUCUGAUCCAGCCGCCUGCAAAGCACAUGAAAAAACACACAGUCCUCUGAAGCCAUACUGCUGUUCAACAUGUGGAAAGAGUUACCGGCAGAUCAGUCUACUGAACCUGCACAGGAAGCGGCACACAGGCGAGGCGCAGUACAGUUGUGAGGACUGUGGGAAGCUCUUCACCACGUCUGGAAACCUGAAGCGGCAUCAGCUGGUGCACAGCGGAGAGAAGCCCUACCCCUGUGAAUACUGCGAACGGGCCUUUUCUGACCCUACCGCAAAGAUGCGACAUCUAGAGACCCACGACACAAACAAGGGUCAAAAAUGUCCACACUGUGACAAGAAGUUCAACCAGUUGGGAAACCUGAAAGCUCACCUGAAGAUCCACAUUGCAGAUGGGCCUCUUAAAUGUAAAGAGUGUGGAAAACAGUUCACCACCUCAGGAAACCUAAAGAGACACCUGCGUGUGCAUAGUGGUGAAAAACCCUUUGUCUGCAUGCACUGCCAGAGAGCUUUUGCAGACCCUGGAGCCUUGCAGAGACAUGUGCGCAUCCACACAGGAGAAAGGCCUUGUCUGUGUCUGAUUUGUGGAAAGGGCUUCACGCAGGCCAGUUCACUCAUUGCUCAUGUUCGACAACAUACUGGGGAGAAACCGUAUGUGUGUGACCGCUGUGGCAAAAGGUUUGUGCAGUCCAGCCAGCUGGCCAAUCACAUCCGUCACCAUGACAAUAUCCGACCACACAAGUGCCAAACCUGCAACAAAGGAUUUGUCAAUGUGGGAGAUCUCUCCAAACAUAUAAUUAUUCAUACAGGGGAGAAACCUUUUCUGUGUGAUAAAUGUGGCCGAGGAUUCAACCGCGUGGACAACCUUCGUUCCCACGUGAAGACUGUGCACCAGGGGAACGCUGGAAUGAAGAGACUAGUGGUUUCUGAGGAGGAUGGGGAAGAGAAAAUGCUGCCUGGCACCCCAGGCUCAGAGCUCGACAGUAAUGAAGUCAACAUCGUCACCGUCACCACCGAUGACAUUGUGACUCUGGCUGCCAGUGCUGUAGCACAGCUGACUGUGGUGCCAAUGGCAACCUCUGUAUCAGCAGAUGAAACAGAGGCACUGAAAGCAGAGAUCACAAAAGCGGUGGAAAAAGUGCAGGAGGCAGAUCCAAACACCCAUAUCUUGUAUGCAUGUGACUCUUGUGGGGAGAAGUUCCUGGAUGCCAGCUCCCUUGCCCAGCAUGUGCGCAUACACACUGCCCAGGCCCUGGUCAUGUUUCAGGCAGACUCAGACUUCUACCAGCAGUACGCAGCAGACGGUACAUGGCAAACCACUGAGCAGGUCAUCCAGGGGGGAGAGCUAUUGUUCCGCACCAGGGAAGAAGAGAGUGAGGAAGGUGAAGAAGCACUAGCCCAGUCAGAAUCUCAGACUGAGGGGGCAGAAGAGGAGACCAAUACACAGAUGGCGACAGAAGAAGGGAAGGUGGAAUCUGAAAGCCAAGGACAGUGAGGAGUUUCUGACCUAAAUAAGCCCAGUGACAACUCAAAAGCAUGGAGAGAUCAACAUGGAAUUUAGACUGUCACAAAGUUUAUAACAUGAAUACAACAUAAAACAGCUCAAUGCUAUAUUUCUCACAAGAGGGAUGUUAUUAAAUACUAAUUCACAUGUUAGAUGUGCACUCACCAGCCACUUUAUUAAGUACACCUGAACAUAUACUUAUUCAUGCGAUUUAUCUAAUCAGCCAAUCGUGUGACAGCGGUGUUAUGUAUAAAAUCAUGCAGGUAUUGAUCAGGUGCUUCAGUUAAUGUUCACAUCAACCAUCAGAAUGGGGAAAGAAAUUGAUCUCAGUGAUUUUGACCGUGGCAUGAUUGUUGGUGCCAGACGGGCUGGUUUGAGUAUUUCUGUAACUGCUGAUCUCCUGGGAUUUUCACACACACAACAGUCUCUAGAGUGUAUAGAAAAUGGUAUGAAAAACAAAAAUCAUCCGGCGAGUGGCAGUUCUAUGGGCGAAAAUGGCUUGUUAAUGACCAGAGAAUGGCCAGACUGGUCCAAGUUGACAGGAAGGUGACAGUAACUCAAAUAAACGUAUGUUACAACAGUUCUAUGCAGAAAAGCAUUUCUGAACAUACAACACAUCGAACAUUGAGGUGGAUGGGCUACAGCAGCAAAAGACCCCAUUGGGUACCAGUACUGUCAGCUAAGAACAGGAAGUUGAGGCUGCAGUGGGCACUAUAUCAACAAAACUGGACAGUAGAUGAUUGGAAAACAUCGCCUGAAAUCCAUGAAAUUUGGAUUUCUGCUGAGGUACACAAAUGGUAGGCCCACUUCAGUCUCAGUUUUCUGUUCUUGGCUGACAGAAGUGGAACCCAAUGUGGUCUUCUGCUGUUGUAGCCCAUCCGCCUCAUUGUUUGACAUGUUGUGCAUUCUGAGAUGCUAUUCUGCUCACUACAAUUGUACAGAGGGGGUGUCUGAGUUACCGUAGCCUUUCUGACAGUUCGAACCAGUCUGGCCGUUCUCCAUUUACCUCUCUCAUCAACAAGGAAUUUCAGUCCACAGAACUGCCACUCACCGUCAUGGCACCAACAAUCAUGCAAAGGUCUAAAUCACUGAGAUCAAAUUUUUUUCCCAUUCUGAUGGUUGAUGUGAACAUUAACUGAAACUCUUGGACCAUAUCUGCCACACAAUUGGCUGAUUAGAUAAUCACAUGAAUAAGUAGACGAACAGUUGUACCUAAUGAUGUGGCUGGUGAGUGUAUGUAAGAUGCUCAUAUUUUAAACUGCUACUCUGAUGUCAUAAAAUCUCACAAACCAGUUUACUCUUUACAACCCUAGCCAUAAGUUGUAUAGAUUUGUUUAAAUAGAAAAGAAAACAAGAUAAAAUGUCAUUUAAUAUGAAAAAAAACAAACCUAAUUUCUAAUCCUUAAUAUUUGUUUGUCAGAUAUUAUAAUACUGGAGGAAGUCUAGAUGCAUCCCUGUACUGUAUUUUUUCUCUGUCAUAUCAUGUAUUCACAGUAGAGUAGAUGGUGUUACUAAGGCCAAUUAAACAUAUGACUGUCCAACAGUUUUCAACAGAUCAGGUUAUGAAAUGUUAUUUAUUAAUUCAUUGUUUAAAUUUUUUUGUUUGUUGAGUUUUACCUUUUUUAAAAGGGGCUGGAUUGAACUUAAAACUGAUUUAUUACUGCUUAUUUAACUGCUUAUUCAUUUCAUAACAGGUAAAAGCUGAAACAACUCUCAAAAAUAAA